AUGGCGGCCGCAGACGUUGCUCUCCAAUUCGGAGCAGAGUUAAAGGAUUCCUUCAAACCGGUUAACAGUUGGGUAUCAAAUGGUAUAUCAUGGGUAGACGAGAUAAACCAAUUCUACCGCGAGCGCAGCGCCAUUGAGAAGGAAUAUGCAUCCAAGUUAACGGCCCUGUGCAAGAAGUACUAUGACCGCAAGUCGAAGAAGAUCAGCCCCUUGAGUGUAGGGGAUACACCCACCUUAACCCCCGGCUCCCUCGAAAGCGCAUCGCUCACUACAUGGACUACACAAUUGAACGCCGUGGAAUCACACGCCGCCGAACGGGACAAGUUUGCAUCAGAAUUGAUAGUGCAAGUGGCGGAUCCUCUGAAACAAGCUGCCACCCAGUAUGAAGAGAUUCGCAAAUGCCACGUUGAAUAUCAUGGAAAGCUAGAAAAGGAGCGGGAGGCGGCAUAUGGCGAUCUCAAGAAAGCAAAGGGCAAAUACGAUGGCGCAUGUCAGGAGGUUGAAUCUCGCAGAAAGAAAAUGGAGUCCUCUUUCGAUCAUGGCAAGAGCAAAGCACAAACAGCAUAUCAACAGCAAAUACUGGAGAUGAACAACUAUAAGGCACGACUCAUUCAACUGGAAAUUCCUUGCCCUAAUGCUAACGUGCGGCUAGAACCUCUAUCUCAUCAGCAUCAAUGUGACAAAUAA